UAUCUAGCAUUAUUAUAGAGUCCUCAAACCCUUUAGAUACGUUCUAUUAAGCUCCAUGUUUGUGUUUUAAGGUUUCUUUGCGGCUCGUCUUUAUUUUCGUGUACAAGUUUUCUAUUCAGAAACGCGUUUGUAAUGUCUGUUUGCAGCAUAUGAAGUAACGUUAGGUUAUUGCUGUUGGCAUGUUUCUGGUGGGUUUAACUGGAGGCAUCGCCUCAGGGAAGAGCACAGCGUCUUCACAACUGAAAGAGCUGGGCUGUCCUGUCAUCGAUGCAGAUGUGGUUGCCCGAAAAGUGGUGGAGCCCCAGAGCCCAGCGUAUAGAUUGAUCGUGCAGCACUUUGGACAGGAGAUUUUGUUAGACAAUGGUGAGAUUGACAGACAGAAACUGGGGCAGAUCAUCUUCUCCAGCCCCAAGAAACGAAGACUUCUGAACUCCAUCACACACCCAGAAAUACAUAAAGAAAUGUUCAAACAAAUACUGCUGUACUUCAUUAAAGGCUACAGGUAUGUGGUUUUGGAUGUGCCGCUGCUUUUUGAAACCUGACGUCUCACUCGUUUCCUAACCCACACUGUUGUCGUAUACUGUGAUCCGGCGACGCAGCUGUCCCGCCUCAUGCAGAGGGAUGGCCUGAGUCAGGAGGAGGCCGAACAGAGAAUCGGCGCUCAGAUGCCACUCAAAGAGAAGCGCGGACUCGCCAGUCACGUGAUCGAGAACUCGGGCUCUCGUGAGGACACUCACAGACAGGUGCUGCGGCUGCACACCAAGCUCAAGGACUUCAUGGAGUUCCUGGUCGUCAGGGCUGUCGCCGCGGCAGCCGUCGCCGGGCUCAGCGGUCUCUUUUUAUAUACAGUCAGACUGCUGGUCUCUUAGCAAACAUACAGAACUGCUUUCACAACAAUGGCAAUAGGACUUAAAGGGAUAGUGCACCCCAAAAAAAAAAUUCAACAUUCUGUCAACAUUUACGUAUUCUGUAUACUUUUCAUUCUUCUGUGGAAGAUUUGACAACGAACAACAUUGGACACCAUAGCUUUCAGUUUAUGGACAGAAAACCCCCACAAUAUUUAUUUUUCAUGUUCCACAGAAGAAAGUCUGUCUUAUAGGUUUGGAACAACGUGAAUAAACGAUGACAAUUUUAAUUUUCAGUCAAAAAAACAACGAAGAAUAUGAUUUUAUUGUUGUCUAAAUCAUUUUUAUUUUACUUUAUUUGAUGUUUAACCUCACUUUUUUCCUUGAUAUUCUGACCUCACCACUGACAGCCUGAGCUACAUCUGUGAAAACGCUAUAAAAUUCUGUAAUCAACACAAUUACUGCGAUAUUAGUCCUAAAUGUAACAUACUGUACUGUAUAAAAUGGAACUAUGACAACAAUGCUACUUUUUUACCUCAACACA